UGUUUAUAAAGGCCCAGCUUAAAGCAAACUAGAGAAACCCUUUGCCGCCAUUGCCGCAACUCAUUCAUUCAUUUAUCGCCACCACCGGCGAAAUCCCAAACCAGUUUUUCUAUCAUCUCUUUCCACAGCAGAUUUUGAAGCAGAAACAUGGUGAAGAAGAGAAAGCGCAGUGAUAGUAGUGAAGUUGUUGCACAGCCCAAAAAGGAAGAUGCUGCUCCAGAGAGACCAGCGAGGACCCUUCUGGGUUGGAAGGAUAAGAGUCAAGUCACUGAUGAAGUAGAUGACAAUAAUGUUGCUUCACCAAAAUUCAGGAACAAGGAGAAGGUUUUGGUCACUUGCUCUAGGCGCAUCAGUUACAGGUACCGACAUUUGAUGUUGAACUUGGUGUCACUUUUGCCGCAUUGCAAGAAGGAUAGCAAGGUUGAAUCAAAAGAAACUAAAGGCGCUACCCUUAACGAGCUUGUGGAGCUCAAAAGUUGUUCCUCAUGUUUAUUUUUUGAGUGCAGGAAGGGAAAAGAUCUUUAUCUCUGGAUGGCCAAAUGCCCCGGUGGCCCAUCUGUAAAGUUUUUAGUUAGUGCAGUGCAUACAAUGGAGGAGUUGAAGCUCACGGGAAAUCACCUAAAGGGUUCUCGUCCACUUUUGACGUUUUCUGCAAAUUUUGAAAAAGAUGCACAUUGGAAACUGUUAAAGGAGAUGUUGUUACAGAUAUUUGAAAUACCAAAGGACCAUCGAAAAGCUAAGCCCUUCCAUGAUCAUGUUUUUGUUUUCUCAAUAGCUGAUGACCAUAUAUGGUUCCGGAAUUACCAGAUUUCUGUUCAUCAUAAUGAAUCAGACAAAUUACCAAGGGGAGGCCUUGAUAAAAUGACAUUGAUUGAGGUCGGUCCACGGUUCUGCUUGAACCCAAUCAAAAUAUUUGGUGGCAGUUUUGGUGGCCCAACAUUGUAUGAGAAUCCAUUCUAUGUAUCUCCAAAUCAGAUUCGAGCUUUGGAGAAAAAGAAGAAGUCUGGAAAGUUUGCUAAGAAGGUCAAAGCAAAGACAAGGAGGAAAAUGCAUGAGAUGUCUAAUCCUUUGGAGCCUGAUGAGUUUGCAGAUAUGUGGAAAGAUUGAUUUUAAUUACAGCCACAUCUAAAGAGUAAGAAAAAAAAAUCAUAUGCCACCUUAUAUCCAUUCAUCAUGAGAUGGAACAUUUGGUUGGCAGCUAUAGCCUUUGAUGUGAAUUGCUCUAUAUGUUCAGUUGGAGAUAUAGGUUGUACUUCUGUUUAUCCUCCAUAGCAUGUAAGGGAGACUUUUUUAUUCUUAAAUUUUAUUUUCUGUAAUUCAUGCGGGGGCUUGUUGUCUUAUCAAACAUUGAUUUGUUGGAAAUUAAAUUUUGGUAGAGAAGAUUUCAGUUGAGUUUGAGAUUGGUUUGAA